AUGACAAUCACGCUCAUCUUACAUCGAAAUCUGAAGAUUGAUAAAGAAAUUGCAAGAAAUGCAGUGAAUAAACUUAAAAAUUUGGAAAUUAUUGACGAAAAUGAUAAUUUAAAACUUUCGUCUUAUUCUGAUGUUAGUGAUGAAUGCAUUAAAUUGAAAUGUAAAAUAGAUGAAUUCAAUCCACAAGAAAAAGAUCAAAAUGAUGUUGCCCAGUUUAUGAAAUCAUUUUGUGAUCAAUAUAUGAAAAUUGAAUAUGAUUCAUUUAGUAUAAUCAGUAAAUCUGUUGCAGACAAAAUAACUGAACAAUUAAUACAAAUAAUUGAAUCGCAAUUAAUACAACCAUGGUCAACAUUAGCAGUUAGCAGUUUAACAAGUAAUCUUUCAAACCGAAUUCAACAUAAUUAUUUGAUUGAUAAAAAUCAAAACUCAGAUAGUCACAAUAAGGAUCAAGAAAAAUAUGAUGAACUUAAAAAUAAAACAACUUUAACAGAAGAAGAAAAAACAUUCAUGAAAAACUAUGGCAAAUAUCGAACAUUUGCAGAGCAAAUUAAUUACAAUUCUAGAGAUUAUUGUGUUGCCUAUACGCAAUGUGAAGUGGCUUAUUAUGCAAAGGCUUCCAGCACGAUACAAAAUAGAAAAGAAGUAGAUAAAGAAGUAGAAGAGCGUGCUGAUGAUGUUAGAGAUAAUAAACCUGCUACUAUGGCCGAAAUCAGCCUCAUGAUGGAAAAAUAUGGCAUCAAGCUAAAAAUAGUUAAUGAUGAAAAUUAUCAGAGAACACAAGAAGAAAUAGAUAAUGGUGUUGAAGUUAUAUAUGUAGAAAAAGGCGGUAAAGAUGAUAAAAAGGCUGAUCAAGUUGGGCACGCUUAUUACAUGGAUGCGAAUGGAAACCGCUUUGAUGUCGAAACUAAGCCAAACGAUUGUUUUUAUGGAGUUUUUAGUAAAAUAUUAGAAACAAAAAGCAUAAACAAAUCUAUAGAGAAUAUUCGUAAUGAAUUAGCUGAGGAUAUCAAAUCAAAUGCAAACUAUUCGAAAGUAAUGGAAGCAGAAAAAUGGAUACAUGAUCGACAUCCUCAAGAGGCGAAUAGUUUAUUAUUUAGUGCUGGAUUACGUCUAAUACUUUCGGAUGAGCACAAGAAGGAUCAAGAGAAAUAUGAUGAACUUAAAAAUAAAACAAAUUUAACAGAAGAAGAAGAAAUGAUUAUGAAAGAUUUUAAAGAAACAGCUCGAUUAGAAGUCGAGGACAAAGACUUACCAAAACUUAAUCAAUCAGUAUUUAACACGAAAGAACGUGGUAGUCCGCAUGAUAAAAAGUUUAAAGCUAAAGUGGAAAAAGGCGAAAAUUCAGUGCCUAACAAAGACUGCAUUUAUCAUCAUAUAAUUCCAAACUGUGAAUUAGAUAAGUUGAUUCCAUCUAGAAACGAAACCAUCGAUGUUAGAAAAGAAAAACUGGAAGAAUAUCUAAACCAACCGCAUAUUAAAAGUGUUAUUAUUGACAAUGACCUCACUCAUAGCGAUCACAAUCACGGCGAAGUACUUCACGCAGCAAUUUCAAAUAAUCCACAUAAUUUAGUCUAUGGACCAAAGCCACAAUAUCGAGGCAACGACCCAAAUUCCAAGAAAGAUAUUGAAAUAUUAAAUGCACAACGACAAGAAUACCAGACUGCUGUUAGACAGUAUAACCAAAAUCCUCAGCUUCAAAACUUCGGAAAUAUACCGGCCUCUAAGCCUGUAGAUUGGGAAAAACAUGACAAGCAACAAGAUCAGAGCAAAACGUUCGAUAAAUACUAUGUUAAACAAUAA